CAGCACAUCAUUUCAAACGGCAAAGAGAAAACGUUAAGCCAGGCACGAUACGCGACCCCAGAAUCUCGGUGAAUCAGGCACGCUAAAUGUCACCAUCAAUCUCCUAGAACUGUGAAACAAAACCUUUUUGGAUAAAGCCUAUUUUUUAAGCCAAAGAGUUACACACCUCAAACUGACGUCAAAACGCCCCACCUGUGAAAUUAACUUUGAAUUGCUUAUUGAUUGAUAAAUUACGAAUUCAGCUUAAUCCAGAGCAACAGUAGUACUCCCAUUUCCCACUUUCUUGAAAUUCUUCUUAGCAUUUUCAAGAGGACACGCAAAAAUUUUCUUCUUUUCCUUUUUUUUUCUUCAUCUUUUGUUUGAUCGUCAUCUUAGCAGACAUGGUUGCAGAGGACUCAUUGAACCGGCCUUUAGUCUUCGCCUACUAUGUCACCGGCCAUGGUUUUGGCCACGCCACCCGGGUUGUUGAGGUUACCCGGCAUCUUAUUCUUGCUGGCCAUCAUGUUCAUGUGGUUACUGGUGCACCAGAUUAUGUUUUCACAACUGAAAUACAGUCCCCUGGCCUUUUCCUCCGCAAGGUGCUGUUAGACUGUGGAGCAGUUCAAGCAGAUGCUUUGACAGUUGACCGGCUUGCUUCUUUGGAGAAGUACUCUGAGACUGCUGUAGUACCUCGUGAUACUAUUUUGGCUACAGAAGUAGAGUGGUUGAAAUCCAUCAAGGCAGACUUAGUGGUAUCAGAUGUUGUUCCAGUUGCUUGUAGAGCAGCAGCUGAUGCUGGGAUCCGCUCUGUUUGUGUUACCAAUUUUAGUUGGGACUUUAUCUAUGCUGAAUACGUUAUGGCUGCUGGUCAUCAUCAUCGGUCCAUAGUUUGGCAGAUUGCUGAGGACUAUUCGCAUUGUGAAUUUCUAAUCCGCCUCCCAGGCUAUUGUCCAAUGCCGGCAUUCCGUGAUGCAAUUGAUGUACCUUUGGUGGUGAGGAGAUUGCACAAGUCACGUGAGGAGGUGAGGAAAGACCUUGGAAUUCCAGAGGAUGUAAAGAUCGUUAUUCUCAAUUUUGGUGGACAGCCAUCGGGUUGGACUUUAAAGGAGGAGUACCUGCCUCAUGGUUGGCUUUGUCUGGUUUGUGGUGCUUCUGAAAGUCUCGACCUUCCUCCGAAUUUUGUGAAGCUAGCUAAAGAUACAUACACUCCUGAUGUGAUAGCGGCAUCUGACUGUAUGCUUGGGAAAAUUGGAUACGGGACGGUUAGCGAGGCAUUGGCAUUUAAGAUACCGUUUGUCUUUGUGCGAAGGGACUACUUCAAUGAAGAACCUUUCUUGAGAAAUAUGCUUGAGUUUUAUCAAGCUGGUGUUGAGAUGAUAAGGAGAGAUUUACUUACUGGCCACUGGAGUCCGUACCUUGAACGUGCAGUUAGCUUAAAACCGUGUUAUGAGGGGGGCAUUAAUGGUGGUGAGGUCGCUGCUCGUAUUUUGCAAGACACGGCGUCUGGGAAAAACUAUACGUCAGACAAGCUUAGUGGCGCCAGAAGAUUGCGAGAUGCUAUUGUUCUAGGUUAUCAGUUGCAACGGGUCCCGGGAAGAGAUCUAAGCAUUCCAGAUUGGUAUGCAAAUGCUGAAAAUGAACUUGGCCUCCGUACAGGAUCUCCUACGGCCGAGAUGAACGAUGAUAGUUUUCGCAUGCCUAUUCCUGAGGAUUUUGAGAUUCUUCAUGGAGAUGUCAUGGGUCUUUCUGAUACCGUGAGUUUCUUGAAGAACCUAUCAGAACUUGAUGCUGCCCUUGAUUCUGUAAAGAGUCCCGAGAAACACCAGAGGCGAGAGAGAAAAGCUGCUGCUGGCCUCUUCAACUGGGAGGAAGACAUUUAUGUGGCAAGAGCACCUGGAAGAUUAGAUGUCAUGGGUGGAAUCGCUGACUACUCCGGAAGCCUUGUUCUGCAGAUGCCCACCAGAGAAGCUUGUCACGUUGCUGUGCAAAAUAUCCAUCCAACUAAACAGAGGCUCUGGAAACAUGCUCAGGCUCGACAGAAUGCGAAAGGGAAAGGACUAACUCCAGUUCUACAAAUUGUAUCUUACGGAUCUGAAUUGAGCAAUCGUGGGCCAACUUUUGACAUGGAUCUGUCGGAUUUCAUGGAUGGGGAUCAGCCAAUGUCGUAUGAACAGGCCAGAUGUUAUUUUGCCCGGGAUCCAUCCCAAAGAUGGGCGGCAUAUAUUGCAGGGACCAUUUUGGUUCUGAUGAAAGAACUUGGAAUUCGCUUUGAGAAUAGCAUUAGUAUGCUGGUUUCAUCUGCUGUUCCAGAAGGUAAAGGUGUAUCGUCUUCAGCAUCUGUGGAAGUUGCCACCAUGUCUGCAAUUGCUGCUGCUCAUGGAUUAAAUAUCGACCCCAGGGAGCUUGCUUUGCUCUGCCAAAAGGUUGAGAAUCAUGUAGUUGGAGCUCCAUGUGGAGUCAUGGAUCAGAUGACUUCUUCAAGUGGUGAGGCUAACAAACUUCUUGCCAUGGUUUGCCAGCCUGCUGAGGUUUUGGGUUUGGUAGACAUUCCUAAUUACAUACGAUUCUGGGGUAUCGACUCAGGAAUCCGGCACAGUGUUGGUGGAGCUGAUUAUGGGUCUGUGAGGAUAGGAGCCUUCAUGGGCCGGAAAAUUAUAAAGUCGGUUGCGUCCGAACUUUUAUCGCAGUCUUGUGCAAAUGGGGUAACUUCAGAUGAUCUCGAAGAGGAUGGAAUCGAACUUCUUGAGACUGAGGCCUCCUUGGACUACUUAUGCAAUUUGUCGCCACAUAGAUAUGAAGCUCUUUAUGUUAAACGGCUUCCCGAGACAAUGCUUGGCGAGACAUUCCUGGAGAAAUAUUCCGACCACAGUGAUCCCGUCACCAUAAUUGACAACAAGAGAAAUUACGGUCUCAGGGCAGCCACUAGACAUCCUAUCUACGAAAAUUUCCGGGUCAAGGCCUUCAAAGCGCUACUCACAUCGGCAACUUCAGACGAGCAAUUCACCGCUCUAGGAGAAUUGAUGUAUCAGUGCCACUAUAGUUACAGUGCUUGUGGGCUUGGGUCGGAUGGGACAGACAGGCUGGUCCAGCUGGUGCAGGAAAUGCAGCAUAGCAAAAUCUCGAGGUUGUCUGAAGGGACUUUGUAUGGUGCCAAAAUUACGGGCGGAGGUUCGGGUGGGACUGUAUGCGUAAUCGGCAGGAAUUGCUUGAGAAGCAGCGAGCAGAUUCUUCAGAUACAGCAGAAGUACAAAGGUGCCACUGGUUAUCUACCAAUACUUUUCGAGGGAUCAUCUCCAGGUGCCGGAAAGUUUGGUCAUCUCAGAAUUCGUCGCCGGAGUUCGCCGCCAAAGAGAAAGGAUUGAUUUGUUGCCGAACUAAUUAUUUAUUAAUCAUGAGUACAUUGGUGAUUGGCUAAAUGCUUUCAAUAAAUUCAACUAUCCUAGGGUAUUGUCAAUUUGAAUAGUAGUAGCAGUAGUAAUGAUGAUAAUAGUUGAAAUGAUUCAGUUACUUUGGACUUGCAUUAACUAGAAUUGCGUCGAAGGGAACGAAAUAGGACUGAAAUUGCGACAAUUUAAGACUUAUUUGUUCGUGACAUACUUACAAAAAACCGGCCUACAUAUUGCCAUAUUGCAAUGGACAAGAUCGAACUUCAAAUAAUUUCAGAAUCGAGAUAUA